UAGUAGCUAGAGGGUAGAAUGCAGAGUGAAGGAUCACGACUUGGGUACAGAGGACCAGGGUGAGAAGACCCCACACCAGGAUUGUGUUCAAAAUCAAAUGAGAACAGGCCUGUCCAUGAUACUGCGCUAGGAUAAGGGCGAACCAAUAUUAGUUCAACCAUGACGAUUGGCUCAUUUUUUUUGCCAGACAUUUGAACAAGGGAAUAGAUUAAAAUCAACAUUGGAUCUUGUUGGUUGUACAACAAAAGAAGAAAUUACACCGUACGCAUAUAUAAAAUGGCGCCAACAGGAGAUGAACCAUCUUCAAAGAAGCAAAAGGUUGAUGGAGCUGACUUAGACAUCGUGUCACGUGUUGAAGAGGAAAGAAAGAAUGUAGGAGAUAACAUCUUGGAUUUCAAAUUCAACAAGAAACGUGUUGAAAUGAUCAGUGAAGCUUCAGAUGUACCUGAUGAUAGCCAAGGGAUUGUGUACUGGAUGUGUCGUGAUCAGAGGGUGCAAGAUAACUGGGCAUUGCUCUUUGCUCAGCGAUUGGCUAUGAAAAAUAAACUAGCACUUCAUGUGGUGUACUGUCUUGUCCCCAAGUUCUUGGAUACCACAUAUAGACAGUUCCAGUUUCUUUUAAAAGGUCUGGAAGAGGUAGAAAAAGAAUGCCAGGAAUUGUGUUUAGAAUUUCAUGUCCUCUUGGGAGAACCAAAAUCUGUUCUUCCUGAGUUUGUCAAGAGUCACAACAUAGGUGGCGUGGUCACAGACUUUUUUCCUUUGCGAAUUCCAAUUCAGUGGGUAAAGGAUGUUCAGAAAGGUAUCCCUGACAGUAUUCCAAUGUGCAAGGUGGAUGCUCAUAAUAUUGUGCCAUGCUGGCAGGCUUCUGAUAAACAAGAGUACUCUGCUAAAACUAUCCGUAGGAAAAUUAAUGACCAACUUUCAACAUAUUUGACCAAGUUUCCACCUGUUGUGAAGCACCCUUAUGAAAGUAAAUUUAAAUCUGAGCCUACCGACUGGGUAAAAGUAGACAGAUUUUUAGAGGUUGAUCGAUCAGUGGUACCAGUUGAGUGGGCAACACCAGGGACCAAUGCAGGACUUGAUGUUCUGAACCAGUUUUGUCUUAAGAGACUUAGAAAAUAUGCUGCCAAGUCAAAUGACCCAACUGAAAAUGCUCUAAGUAAUCUAUCCCCAUGGCUACAUUUUGGUCAAGUAUCAGCCCAAAGAUGUGCAUUAGAGGUAAGAAGAUACAGGAAACAGUUAAAAGAAUCCACAGAAAGUUUCCUUGAAGAGAUUAUAAUUAGACGAGAGCUAACUGACAAUUACUGUUAUUAUCAAAAAGAUUAUGAUAAUAUUGAUGGAGCUUAUGCAUGGGCAAGAACCACGCUCAAUGAUCACAGAGAUGACAAAAGGCCAUACUUGUACUCACAGGCAACAUUAGAUGAAGCCAGAACUCAUGAUGAACUUUGGAAUUCUGCACAGAUCCAGUUGAUUAAAGAAGGGAAGAUGCAUGGCUAUUUACGCAUGUAUUGGGCUAAAAAGAUACUGGAGUGGACAGCUAGCCCUGAAGAAGCUAUAACUAUUGCUUUAUAUCUCAAUGACAGAUAUAACCUUGAUGGCACUGAUCCUAAUGGAUAUGUAGGUGUCAUGUGGUCUAUAUGUGGCAUACAUGAUCAAGGAUGGAAAGAGAGGCCAAUAUUUGGGAAAAUAAGGUAUAUGAACUAUGAUGGUUGCAAAAGGAAGUUCAAAAUUGAAGCUUUCGUGGCUCGUUAUGGAGGAAAAAGGCACAAAUAUGUUCCUCCUACUUAGUCUCUAUGUGAAAUGGCUUUAAUUUUAAUGGAGAAAAUAGUUUUAGUUUUUAUUAUGUUGCUGAACAUACUUUUAAAAUGUGAGUGAGUUUCUUUUACUUGAUGCACGGUAGGCAUGUAGGUAUUUUCUAAAAUGUGGAGUCUCAUUAAUUUUAUGUAUUUAAUAGUUUUCUUUGUACCCCAGAAGGUUUUCUUGUAGAUUUUGCAAAGAAGAUAAAUCCACAUUUGAGGAUUGCGUUUUAUAUAGAAUUUCUGCCAAUGCAAAGAACCUUUAAGGUAUAAAAUAUUGCCAUAAAAUAUAUUCUAGGUAUAAAAUAUUGCCAUAAAAUAUAAUGAUAUUGAGAUGAUAGUGCAGAAUAUGUAGUGGAUUAUUUUUAUUAUAUACAGGAGGUUACUGAGACCACCUAGUUGCAUUUCUAGACUCAUAGGGAACACCAUAAGUAGCUGUUCUUUAGUGGUAGGUUAAACUUAAAGUUAGAUUAAAGAAUCUGGACAGCUGGAUGAGAAGAGACCAAAAGGAAUAUAUGAAAAGUUAAAGAGUGAACAGUGCUGCUCGGAGUCAAAGGGAUGCUGCAUAGAACCCCAUUACUGUACUGCCUGCAGAGUGCUGCAAAAGGCCUCCCCUAUAAGCAGUACAGGUACCUCCUAGUGGGCCAUUAAUAGAGUGUAACAUAUAGUGUGUGUUGUGGGAUGUACUGAAGGUGAAAUAGUACUAAAGGUUUUUUGCAGAAUCCUUUAGCCUGCCAGCUACAUUUUCUUGUCAGUCAUAUAAUCCAUUGGGGAAUGUUCUCGUUUCUUCAUUUCACUACUUGAAUACUACCUUGUUUUGUCCCAUUUGUUGCCCCCUCCAAUAAAGAGUACUAAUAAUAUGGCUAAUUGCUUUUAGUGUUCAGAUUUGUGACUUGAUGGUCUGGUUAAAUUUAUUUUAUAUGGAUUAGUAUAAAAAGUACUUAGUUGGCUUGAAGACUUGAAACCUGUAUGAAGAGAUAAUUUGUUCUCAGUCACAUAUAUGAACCAUCUUGAAUUACCAUAUGUAUGAAAUUUAGUAAGAAGUAUAAACAGUACGAGUUGAAAACCAACAUUACCAGAGUUAGUUAUACUUUGUAAUAAGUCAUUUUGUACAGCAUGUCAUUUCUCUUUGCUAAAAUCUUUGUAGGAUACAAGACAUCUCUCAUUCCACAUAACAAAACUACUUUAAUCUCAAAAAUGUAAUAUCUGUAAUAGUUAAAUAAAUUUUAUCUUUUGUAUUAUAAGUGGGUGGCAGAUGACAGUGUACCAGAUGGUAUUUUCUUUUUGAGUUAUAAUAAUUUUGCAUGAAUUAUAUGAUACGUCUCUUUUAAAGGUGAUUGAAGCACUGGUUACAUUGUUUUCCACCUUUCGUCAAUCCAUUGUUUAAUGUAUCUAAAAAACUUAUCUUGAUAACUUUCACCUUUUGUAAAAAUUUAGACUGGAUGGAAUAUUUGAAAGUCCCAAGCUACCCUCCAGGUUAAAUAACCCCAUCCUGUUUUGAUCUAGCCAGCCCUUUGACAGCUAAGAUUUGUAGCUCAGUGGUCUCAUUUAAUUACUUUUUGUGACUAAUGUAUUCUCAGAUUAGUUUACAUGAAAUUUUUAAGGAGGGUUUUGUGUUUGUUACUAUUCAUUGUUAAGAGAUCUGUUCAUUGACCUUUCUGGGGCUAUUUGAUGUUAUUUAAUUAUCAUUUGUACCUAAUUCUAGCCAUAAACUACCUCAGGUAUCAUGGUUACCUAGCAAACUACCUUAUGUACCUGAUUACUCAGACUCUCUUUAGUGACAGUAUUUUUAUAAAUGUAAAUUGUGAUUAUGAUUCUAGUAUUCUAAAUAUAUAGUACUGUAGUAGAUAAGAGGUAGGAAACCAAACUGUCACUUGUCAUUUCUUAAAAAAAAAAAUAUUGUCUUAACAGGCAAUACGUACUAGAGUUUGAUAACCGUUUCAAGUACAGUAGUACAGUCUUGACUUCUAGGAUAAAGAUGGUUUGUAUUUGGAUCUGGCUUCUUUGAGCUUAGCUUCAAGUUGAAGACUUCGGUUUGUUCUAUAAUGUAUUGGAAAGAAAUGUACAAUCAAGUCUAACUGUAUAAAAGAAAGCUUUAAUAAGAAUACUAUGAAUACCAGCCUAAACUUGAUCCAUUUAUUUAAUAUGAAAUAUUUAAAAUGUAAAGAUUUUAACAAGAGCAGUUUAGCCUGGUCCAAAGGACAGCAUAAAGAAUACAUGUAUUUUCCAUUAAGAAGUAAUUCAGUGCCGUUGUCCAAAAUAAAGAUACUUAUAGUGCAAUCUCUCAGUCAAAAAAGCUCUGCUUCCACCUUGCUGGUGUAAACUGCCCUUUUUUUCUUUUUUUUUCCCUUAUGGCAUGUAUGUUCAUAUGUGCCUUGCUUUCAUUGUAAAAUAUUGUGUAAAGUUUUCCUGGAAAAUGUCUCGAGUAGAGAAAACCAGCCAGAACCAAUCCCAUUUCAAUUUUCCUUAUGGUAAUUUUCAUUCAAAAUUCACAUGUUCUUGUAAAUUACAUUGUACUGUAUUUGCAUGUAAGCAAAUAUUUUUAUGAUUUUUGACAGGAUUUUCCAUUGUAUAUACCCAUUGCCAAGUUUGGCACUACAGCCUCAGAAAUGUAAGGGAAAAUUAAGUUGAGUUAAAAACAAAUUAACAGCAGUUGAUGUUUGAAACACAUUAAUAAAAAAUAAUGAACUUGACUUUAUGUAUCAGGUAAAAAGAUUAUCAAGGUACAAAAGUUAAUGUGUACACAAUAUAAAUAAAAUGUAAACAGA